AUGGCUAUCACGCCGACCCAAUUUGCCAAGAAGACGACGCAAUCGGCCAACUGGUCCGAUGCGAAGCGCCGAGUUCUUUCUUCGUACCGCGAAUGGAUCCGAGCAGCUCCAGAGAUUCAGACCAUGUACAAUAUGCCCCUCCCGAUUUCUGCUAUUCGGACACGAGUCCGGCAGGAAUUCGAGCGAAACCGAUUCGCCAAUAAGCUGCCUGUCGUUGAUGUCCUUCUUUUCAAAUCCCAUGCCGAAUAUCAGGAGACGAUGAACUUCUGGAAGCAGACUACCCAUGUCAUGUCCUAUUUUAAAGACGAGAACUUCAGGGGAGAUAAGAGGCUGCCAUCGAGCUUCUUGGAGGGAUUUCUCGAGGGCCGAAAUUAG